AUGCAAAGCAUUCAGAAGCUGCAAAGCGGCGCCGGGCAGCGGCUGCGGUCGCAGUACUUGUAUUCAAGUUUCCGCCGCGUCGUUGCGAAACUUGUGGAAUCCGCCUUCGCUUCUUCGUGUUCCCGCGUGGAAAUUUUCGUAAAUUUUUCGAAUUUCGAACUGCGAGUUUGCGACAAUGGCAAAGGCGUUGGCGCGGCGGAGUUGGAGGCGAUCCGGUCGGCCUGGCUCGCGCAGUCGAGUCUGUCUGAAGGAACCUCGAGCGCAGCAGAACUGGCGCUGCUGGCGCACGUGGGGGAUUUGCAAAUUGUCUCGCGGGAAGCUGGAAAGCCCGAAACCCUGCAGCUCGCGCUGCCCCUCCCCGCCACAGUUGCUGCAUGCAGCCCCCGCAGCAGCUGCGGGACUUCCGUGUCUCUGUUGAAUUUCUUUAAGGGCAGUCCGGUGCGGCGGCUGGCGCUGAACGCGAAGCGCGAGGCCGAGUUGCUGCAGCAGUUCGCAGUCGCCGCAGCAGUGUGA